GUCCCUCCAGGGCACACUACCUGGGUCGUCCCUCGGAGGGUAAGAGGGCUUGUUAGGUGAUGCAGCCCUUAAAUGUGCAGAUGUUUGGAAGCACUUCAAAAUAAAUGUCUUUCAAAUUGGUGAAUAAAUAAAUAGACAUGUUUCACACAAAAUACAAUCUGGCAUCCCAUUGGAGAUUCCAAAACUGUUAAUGACAUAUUUCAGCACUGUUUGAAUAUUUGGCUCAUUAUCCAGUUACACGCCAUUGAAUACAAGCACAAAGUGACGCGUCAAUAUUUAAUGACCCGGUUUUGAUUGGAAACUACUCAUUUUGUCCUGUUCACUUGCAAGGAGCCUAUGAAAUAAAUCAAAUGAGAUGGUUUAAACAUGUGGAUGUACUUGUAUUAUUACAGAAGUUAAUCUUCCUUCUGUAAAGGCAGGAUUCCCACUGAGGGGUUGGGCCCAUGUUUCAUUAUGAAAGGUUCUAGAAACGGUCCAUACUCAUCGAACAACAUGGAUCUGGUUCGAAAGCGUUUUCGUGGAGCAGAUUUUGUCAUCAUCCACAUGAUGGAGAGGUAGAUGUUUGACAAUGAUAUACAAUUGAAUUUGUAGUUAUUUCAUCUCCAGGGUCACACUCAACAGUUCCUUUAGCCUUUGUGGUCUACAGCCCCCGCAAGCACAUGGAGGGUAUAAUAACCUUCUCUAGUUCACUCUGUGGUAUAGCGGAAGGUUAUUCAAAAUUAAUCCAACAGAAAAGGUUCCUAACAUGAAAUGCACACUAAUGGGCCAACAGAUGAUCUGAGUAGACUUAAUACUUCACAUUGUCCCAAGCAGGGCUGGUUCCUUGUUUUUCUCAUGGUUUUCAAACGUUUGGUACAGAAGUUCUGCUUUCUAUUGUACCCUCUUGUGGAUAUCCAUUAUUCUCAGUGAUCACAAAGGUCAUUUCAAGAAUUGUAUGAGUCUACCUAACUAUAGAUGUUAAAACAACAGUAGUGCAAAUUAUUUGGGUGUUUUUUUUGUAAAAAUAAAAAAAGAUGACAGACAAACGAUAAUGACUAGGAUUUGGGUGAACCGAUCGGUAGGAAAAUAACUGAAGUCCUAUGUAGUAGCACACCAUUGGCAAUGCUUCUACCAAUGAGAAUAUAGGCUUGGCUUGGGCCACUUCCAUCUCCAUAGGGGAGUAUCUGAUCAAUAAGUUAAUAGCAAAGGAAAGUAGAAUGUUCAUCUAACUAUCUAACCUACAAACCAUUUGAUCAUCCUUGGUAAUGGCGUUUGUCUUCUGGAUGACUCUGAGGAGGUUAAGUUAAGGAAGUGUAAGUUAAUGAUAAAACAUGGCCUAAUGUUGGUAAUUGUUAUUGUUUACACAUUGGCUUUGAGUACUUCAAUCGCCUAAGGGGUGGUUCAUGUAUUAUUUUCGGCGUAUAAUGAUAUUGUGAGUAACACCGCGUAUAAAUGUGUCACAUGUUUGCUUUUUCUUUCUAUUUCAAGAACCGUCCUGGCAUUUCUGCCAUUUCUUUUUUCUCUUUCCCUUCCUUUUUCCCCUUUUCCAAGUCUAAUUCGGUUCACAAUGUAUUUGCCUCGUCCCUUGAUUUAAUUCUGCUCAAUCUGUGUCCAUAUAGUCCUCUCUCCGUUUUCGUCUGCGUCUGGGUUCAGCAGUGACGUGGACUUCCCUUUCCCCUCGGGUCACAUGAUUGCAGAUACGGGUGUGGUCCUGUCUGCAUUCCACCCGUACCCCCCCUUCCCCCUCUCCUCUAGGCACACACAGGUACACAGACAAGUAGAGUGAAGUCCUCAUGAAGGAUGGAUUGGAACUGGCUGAAGGAGCUGUAUGGAAUAAGAGGGAAUGGUGUGUGCGAAGGGGAAGUCCACCGGAUCAUGUUUACAUCCUCCUCUCCAGACCUGCUGACUGUGAGGUGCAGAUCAGGUUAAAGAUCUAACCUCAGAGAUCCCCUCAAGCCGCUCCGACCUACCUGGGAACCACCAGACUUGACAGAAGGGUUCCCCAGCUGCUGCUGCCUGUGGACCAGGUGUGAGACCACGUGCCGAGGGCCCGCAGACGCUUGAAGGAGACGACAGAAGAGGGGAAGAUGGCGAACAACGCUGCAGAGCACCCUCCGGGGAACUCGGUGGCGGACCCCAGCCAGGAGGGGGACUUCGGCAUCACCACCAUGGACCUUAGGAACCUGAUGGAGCUGCGCAGCGCCGAGGCGGUGGCCAGCAUCAGGGACGGCUACGGAGACGUGCAGGGCAUCUGCCGCCGGCUCAAAACCUCGCCCAUAGAAGGUCUUUCUGGCAACCCUGUUGAUCUAGAAAAACGGCACGCUUCAUUCGGGAAGAAUUUUAUCCCACCCAAAAAGGCCAAGAGUUUCCUGGCACUGGUGUGGGAAGCUCUGCAAGAUGUCACCCUCAUCAUCCUGGAGAUCGCUGCCAUCAUAUCCCUGGGCUUAUCCUUCUACCAUCCACCAGGGGGGGACAGUGAAAGUUGUGGGCAGGCAGCGUCCGGUGUGGAGGACGAAGGCGAAGCCCAGGCGGGCUGGAUCGAGGGCGCCGCCAUCCUCUUCUCGGUGGCCAUCGUGGUGCUGGUCACAGCCUUCAACGAUUGGUCCAAGGAGAAGCAGUUCCGCGGGCUGCAGAGCCGCAUCGAGCAGGAGCAGAAGUUCACGGUCAUCCGCAAGGGCCAGGUCAUCCAGAUCCCUGUGUCGGAGAUCGUGACAGGCGACAUCGCGCAGAUCAAAUACGGGGACCUUCUGCCAGCCGACGGCAUCCUGAUCCAAGGCAACGACCUGAAGAUCGACGAGAGCUCUUUGACGGGCGAGUCCGACCACGUCCGCAAGUCCCUGGACAAGGACCCCAUGCUGCUGUCUGGCACCCAUGUGAUGGAGGGCUCUGGGCGCAUGGUUGUGUCGGCUGUGGGCCUCAACUCCCAGACCGGCAUCAUCUUCACCCUCCUGGGGGCGGGCGACAGCGACGAGGAAAAAAAAGUCAAGAAAAGUAAAAAACAAGGACCCCCUGAGAAUCGCAACAAAGCCAAGACCCAGGAUGGCAUUGCUCUGGAGAUCCAGCCCCUGAAGAGCGAGGAGGCGGCCGAGUCGGAGGAGAAGGAGGAGCUGAAGCCAGUGAAGAAGGUCAACGUCACUAAGAAGGAGAAGUCUGUGCUCCAGGGAAAGCUCACCAGACUGGCUGUGCAGAUCGGGAAGGCUGGCCUCAUUAUGUCCGCCGUCACCGUCAUCAUCCUCAUACUGUACUUCGUCAUCGACACCUUCGGGGUUCAGGGCCGCACCUGGGAGUCAGAGUGCACCCCCAUCUACAUCCAGUACUUUGUCAAGUUCUUCAUCAUCGGGGUGACGGUUCUGGUGGUGGCGGUGCCCGAGGGGCUCCCCCUGGCCGUCACCAUCUCCCUGGCCUACUCCGUCAAGAAAAUGAUGAAGGACAACAACCUGGUGCGCCACCUGGACGCCUGCGAAACUAUGGGUAACGCCACGGCCAUCUGCUCGGACAAGACGGGAACGCUGACCAUGAACCGCAUGACGGUGGUGCAGGCCUACGUGGGGGACACCCACUACAAGUCCGUCCCUGAGCCCGACGCCAUCAUGCCUGACACGCUGGAGGUCCUGGUCAACAGCAUCUCCAUCAACUCUGCCUACACCACCAAGAUCCUGCCCCCAGAGAGAGAGGGAGGCCUCCCGCGUCACGUGGGCAACAAGACGGAGUGCUCCCUGUUGGGUCUUGUGCUGGAGCUCAAGAGAGACUACCAGCCAAUCAGGGACGAGAUCCCAGAGGAGAAGCUGUACAAGGUGUACACCUUCAACUCCUCCCGCAAGUCCAUGAGCACGGUGCUGAAGAACGCCGAUGGAAGCUUCCGCAUGUACAGCAAAGGGGCCUCCGAGAUCGUCCUGCGCAAAUGCUCCCACAUCUUGGACACCAAAGGUAAGCCGCGUAGCUUCAGCCCCAAGGACCGCGACGACAUGGUGCGCCGCGUGAUCGAGCCCAUGGCCUGCGACGGCCUGCGCACCAUCUGCGUGGCCUACCGCGACUUCCCCGCCGAGGCCGGCGAGCCCAACUGGGACAACGAGAACGACAUCCUGAACGACCUCACCUGCAUCGUGGUGGUGGGCAUCGAGGACCCCGUCAGACCCGAGGUACCAGAUGCCAUCUCAAAGUGUCAACGUGCUGGCAUCACUGUGCGCAUGGUCACCGGCGACAACAUCAACACAGCCCGCGCCAUAGCAACCAAGUGUGGCAUCCUUCUGCCCGGGGAGGACUUCUUGUGUAUGGAAGGCAAGGAAUUCAACCUACAGAUCCGCAACGACAAAGGAGAGGUUGAACAAGAACGUCUGGACAAGGUCUGGCCCAACCUGCGUGUCCUGGCCCGGUCUUCACCCACCGACAAACACACCCUAGUUAAAGGCAUCAUCGACAGCACCGUGGGGGAGACCAGGCAGGUGGUGGCGGUGACCGGGGAUGGCACCAACGACGGGCCCGCCCUCAAGAAAGCCGAUGUUGGAUUCGCUAUGGGUAUCGCCGGCACUGACGUGGCCAAGGAGGCCUCCGAUAUCAUCCUCACCGACGACAACUUCAGCAGCAUCGUGAAGGCGGUGAUGUGGGGGAGGAACGUAUACGACAGCAUCUCCAAGUUCCUGCAGUUCCAGCUGACGGUCAACGUUGUGGCGGUGAUCGUGGCCUUCACGGGGGCCUGCAUCACCCAGGACUCUCCCCUCAAAGCGGUGCAGAUGCUGUGGGUCAACCUGAUCAUGGACACCCUGGCCUCCCUGGCCCUGGCCACCGAGCCCCCCACCGAGUCUCUUCUGCUGCGCCGGCCCUACGGCCGCAACAAGCCCCUCAUCUCCCGCACCAUGAUGAAGAACAUCCUGGGACACGCCAUCUACCAGCUCGUCAUCAUCUUCACCCUCCUCUUCGCUGGUGAGAAGAUCUUUGACAUCGACAGCGGUCGCAACGCGCCACUGCACUCGCCACCGUCCGAACACUACACCAUCGUCUUCAACGUCUUCGUCAUGAUGCAGCUGUUCAACGAGAUCAACGCCCGCAAGAUCCACGGGGAGAGGAACGUCUUCGAGGGCAUCUACCGCAACCCCAUCUUCUGCAGUGUGGUCCUGGGAACCUUCGUCCUGCAGAUCAUCAUCGUUCAGUUUGGAGGGAAGCCCUUCUCCUGCACGGCCCUCACCAUCGACCAGUGGCUGUGGUGCGUGUUCAUUGGCGUGGGAGAGCUCCUGUGGGGACAGCUGAUCACCGCUAUCCCCACGCACCGCCUGAAGUUCCUGAUGGAGGCGGGCCACAGCAGCACCAAGGAGCAGAUCCAGCAGGAGGGCCUGAACGAGGGCACCGACGAGAUCGACCACGCAGAGAUGGAGCUCCGCAGGGGCCAGAUCCUCUGGUUCAGGGGCCUCAACCGCAUCCAGACCCAGAUGGACGUGGUGUACACCUUCCAGACGGGCCAGGCGGCCGUGCCGGGGGCACUGCGCCGCCAGCCCUCCGUCGUCAGCCAGCACAACGACUCUGCGCCGCCCAAAUCUGUCUCUAGCCCCUCCCACGUUGGGCUUAGCCCCUCCUCCUCCUCUCUGACCUAUCCGAGCGGGGUGCUGCCUCUCCCCACCACUACUACUACUACUACUACUACUACCGCUCUCUCCUCUUCGGCAGGCAAUUAAGGUGGUGAAUGCCUUCCGGAGCUCCCUGUACGAGGGACUAGAGAACCCCGAAUCACGCAACUCCAUCCACAGCUUCAUGGCCCACCCCGACUUCGCGUCGCUGUCCUCGGACAACGAGGACCCAAUCCCCACGAUCC